GUACACGUAAGACGAGAGUACUCUAUGAAGUGAAAUUUGUUUCUCUAGUAAUUUGACAACCUCAACGAUUCUAAUUAUUUCUCUUAAAAGCAGGCAGAUCCGAUGGAUGCAAUGCAAUCUUCUCUGAUAAAGACAAACUGACAUCAGCAGGCAACUCUCGACAUCAGACAUGGAUCCUAUAGAAGUAACACCUGUGAGCAGUGAGGAGAGUGCAACUCCCACGUCAGAGAGAGCAAAGUCCAAGUUGGACUUGCUACCAAAAGAAGAAUUGAUCAAAUAUGUGAGGAAACAGAUGUUAAUGCUAAAAGAAGCAAAGAUGAAAUAUCAGAGCUUGACAGAGGAUGUUCAGAGUUUAAAGAAUGCCAACUCAACUUUACAGGAAAAAGAAAAUGAACUUAAAAAGUUAAACGAAACAAUGCUGGAAAUGACCACAGUCAAGGAAAUCCAGGAUGAAAAUGCUAAGUCUCUGACUAUAGAAAAUCGAAAGCUUAGUGAACAACUGGAGUGCAUGACAAUGAAAGCAGAAACACUGAUGACGUCAUUCCAAGCUUUAAAUGAGGACCAAGUCAAGGUGGAACAAAAUAAUCAGGUUCUAAGAGAAGAUAUUGAUGUCAUGACCAAAGCCAGGAAUGAAGCCCUUGACACCUUGAAGACAGUGAAAAAGCAGCACUCUGCCAAACUGUCUGAGCUAAAGGUUCAGCUAGAGCAGCAAAUUUCGGAGAGGUCCGCUCAGACUGAAGAAAAUACCAUCCUGAAACAGAAGCUUCAGGAGGCAAACUUGAAAAAUAAUGAGCUAAUAUUGGAUAACCAGUCAAGCCAGCAAGCUGUCCAACAAGUUGAAGCGGAUGUGGGUGCAGACCUGAGAGGGGCAAAAAUGGAGUUGCUGCAAUCCCUCCAUGAGCUUCUUCGAGUGCGGAGGGAGGAAGAGACGCACGGUGAGAGCAUCAGGAGGCUAGAGAGAGAGACCAGCGAGAAAGACAUUGAAAUUGAAAGGAUGCAGUUGGAGGCAGACGCAUUAACAACAGAGUUGCAAGCAUUGAAAUGGGCGAGAACGGAAGAACGGAGCGCAGUUUCCCUUGAACUAAACAACGAGGUAAUGGAAGCCAAUCAGAAUGUCACUGACCUGACGGCCUCGCUGGCCAAAAUGAAGGCUGUCGUCGUAGAGCUACAAGGAAACUGUGCUGAAUUCGAGAGCUCGAAUCAGGCAUUAAUGACCGAGAAGGAAACCCUGCAGCAUAAGAUUGAAGAAGCUAUAAAAGAAAACGAGUUGCUCCAUGAGCAGAAAGAUGAGGUUGAUGGCUCAGGAACCGACGUGGUAGCAGAAUUGCACCACGAAAAGGAGGCCAUAUUAAAGCAGAAAGAUGCCUUGAUUUCUGAAUAUAAUUUACUGUGUGAUAAACUAAAGGCAUGUGCUGACAUUAACAGUGACCUGGAAACUAAGGUGAAGUGCUAUGAAGAGCAGGUAGCAACACUGAGUAGCCAGCAGGAGAGUCAUCAGUCUGAGAAGUGUGAAGUUGAGUCUAACCUGAGCAGUUUAGGAGAUGCUCUUGGCGAGAGCAAGAGCAUAUGUGAAAAGCUCAGCAGUGAUAACAAGUCACUCACUACGACUGUUGGAGAACUAGAGGAAAGAAACCAGAGUUUAGAGACUCACCUUACAGAAGUUUCAGCUGAGUUAGAAACGUAUAGGAGACAGGUCCAGGAACUGUCUGCCACUUCAGAGACUGUGACCAAUGAUGUUGAAAAUAGACUUGGUGAAAUGCAAGCCAGAAUCCAUGAGCUAGAAGCUGAACAAUGUAAGAAGCUCAUGUUAGAAUCUGAAGUGCAAAACCUUCAAGAAUUGCAUAACACAUUUGAAGAUGAAAAGGCUAUCAUGAGUUCUCAAAUUCAUCAGUAUCAAGAAUCGCUUGUGACACUUGAAAAUGAAAAAUCUACUAUCGAAGCCCAAAUCCAAAGUCAAGAACAAGAAAUGCAAGGUCUUCAUGAGCAGGUAGUAACACUGAGUAGCCAGCAGGAGAGUCAUCAGUCUGAGAAGUGUGAAGUUGAGUCUAACCUGACCAGUUUAGGAGAUGCCCUUGGCGAGAGCAGGAGCAUAUGUGAAAAGGUGAGCAGUGACAACAAGUCACUCACUACGACUGUAGGAGAACUAGAGGAAAGAAACCAGAGUUUAGAGACUCACCUUCAAGAAGUUUCAGCUCAGUUAGAAACAUCUCGCAGACAGGUCCAGGAACUGUCUGACACCUCCGAGAGUGUGACCAAUGAUGUUGAAAACAGAGUUGUAGAAUUGCAAGCGCAAAUCCAUGAGCUGGAAUCUGAAGUCCAAAAUCUACGAGAAUUGCAGAAAACUUUUGAAAAUGAAAAGACCAUCUCUAGCUUCCAAAUUCAAAGCUAUAAAGAAUCGUGUGAGGUUCUUGAAAAUGAGAAAGUUAAUUUAGAAUCCCAAAUCCAGUGUCUCCAAGACUGUAAUGAAACUCUUGAAAAUGAGAGAGUUACUUUUGAAUCCAAAAUCCAGUAUCUCCACGAUUUACAAAAAACUCUAAACGAUGAGAAAGAAGUCUUAGAAUCAGACAUUCGAAGUAUUCAGGAGUCAUGUAAAGCUCUUGAGGAUGAGAAUUCUGUCUUGCAAGCAAGCAUCAAGAGUUCGCAAGAGUCAAUUUCAUCUCUGGAAGAUACAAAAGCCGCCUUGGAAUCAGAAAUCCAAAACCUUCAUGAAUCACACGAAGCUCUUGAAAACACGAGCAGUGCAGCUGCAGACAAACUAGCUGCACUGCAAGAGCAACUAGACCUUCUGACAAAGUCAAAUGGGGAACUUGCAGAGAGAUUGCAUGAAUCUGAAGCCGAUAUUACCAGCCGUGCUGACGAAAAUGCACGUUUGCUCGAGGCUGCAUGUUCUGACAGGGUUGUGUACGAAAGGAAGGAGCAAACUGCAGCUGAGAUGAACGAGCAGCUGAGUGCAGAGCUUCACGCUUCUCGUGCGGAGACUGCCUGCCUCAAUGAGGUGGUAGCUGAGCUCAAGGCAUCCUGUCCCGUGCCGGAUGCACGGCAAGAUACCGUCACAGAUGCACUUGACAACUCUUCGCUCGCGGAGGAGACUGAGAGGGUAACGCUUCUGGCAGAGGAUGCAGGGUCCAAAGAGGCUAGCGGCCUGUUGCAGGAUGCUGUGCCUGCACAGAGUGAGCCAGACGAUCAAGAAAAGGAAGGACUCGCUGUUGCACUAAAGGAAACUGAGGAGAAAAUGGCCAAGUUUAAAAUGUUGGCUAUAAAGGCUAAGAGGGAGCUGGCAGCUGUCAAGAAACAGCUUGAGGUGAGAACAGCAGAGAAGGCAAGCAUCCAACAGCAGUUGAAGGAAGUCAUUGCUAGUUCGGAAUCAAUCAGGUCUCGGCUGCAACAGAGCAUGGAACAUUGCCAGAGCUUACAGAGAAAGAAUGACGAGCUAGAAGACAGACUAGAGGCGAGCAGUGAGCAAAUGCUAGUUGCCACUAAGGACCUUACUGUCACCGUGCAAGAGCUGGCUACCGUGAAACAGCAGUAUGCUGAGAUUCGCUCUGAUAAGGAGAGGGUGUCGGGUCUCCUUGACAGUCUGGCUAUCGAGAAAAAGGAUGCUGAGGCAAAGUUCCUGAUUGCUGACGACCAGAGGCAGCAGGCAAGCAUAAAAAGGGAGGAAGCCCAACGACAGCUAGAGGCAGCAUUGGCAAAGUCAGCUAAAUUGGAGGAGGAGCUUGCUUGCAAGAAGGUGGAAUUCAGAGAGAAGCUGCUGUCUGCCGUGAAGGAAGCGAAGGAGAGCAGUGUCAUGGACCUAGAAAUAGCUGAUUACGAGCGCACCAUCGCAGCUCUGCAGGCCAAGCAUGCAGAGAAGGAUGCGCAGAUCCAGGAGCUUAACUGCCAGAGUGAAACCGCCCAAUGUAGGGUGCAGGCACUCCAGGAGCAACUUGAUGAGGUGGAUAGGCAGAGAAGCCAGGCAGAUGAGCGUGGGGACAAGUUAAAAGAGAAGCUGGCAAACGUCAAACAGGAGCUCGCUCAGUCGAGACAGAUCGAGGCAGACCUGAAGAUUGGAGAGGCCAGCCUGAAAGCGAGGAUAGAAACACUCGUGCAGGAAUGCGAAGACUACAAGAUGCAAAAUUCAGAGCUGACGAGUAACAAGCUAAAAGCCGAAGAGCUACUGCAGAGUUUAGGGGACAGCCACCAGAGGGCGGUUCGUUCACUAGAAAAUCAGAUAGUUGCACUUCAGGAGGACGUACAGCAGUCGCGUUUAGAGCUGAGCACAUGCCAGGCAGAAUACGACGGAUACAAGGUGCGCGUCCACAGUGUGCUGAAGCAGCAGAAGACAAAGCCGCCCUCGAGCAGCAUCCCAGCCCCCACGGCAGAUGUCGCGCGCAUGGAGAAGGCGAUCGAGCAGCUUAGAGGGCGCUGUGAGCAUCUCGGCGAGCAGCUGGCAGCAGCUCAGAGGGACGGUCAGCUGCUGCAGGAGGAGCGGGAGCGGCUGAUCGCACGCAACGCUCGCGCAAUGGACGACAUGCAGGAGAGAGAGCGCUUCUGGAAGGAGAGAGUUGAGAGGCUGAGGCAGGAGGCUAGCAUGAAGGAGGAUGAAUUGUCACAGAAAAUCAUGCAGGUCACUGCCCAGAAGGACAACAUUGUGCAGAGCUUCAAAGAUCGGUUGGAAUCAAUGCAGACGCAACAUCAGGGUUUGCUGGACUUGCUACAUAGCCAGCUAGAAGACAAGGAUAAUGAGAUUAUCCGAUACCAAGUGGAAUUGCAGUCGAGCAGCAUGAAGCAGCAGGUGAAAGCUGAACCUACCAAGGCAGCAAGGACAGAGAGUGUUUCUCCCUUCGAACCGUUUUCGAUUAGGCGACUUGAAGAAAGGCAACAAGCGGAGGGCUCGGAGCACAACGAACAGCCGCGACCGCCAUCGCCCGGAAUCGCUCACCAGGUGUCCUCGUCGUCGCUCGUCGGCCUCGAGCAGCUGCUCAACAACAGCGACGACAAAAUGAGUACAGUCAGCUUGAGUAGUGUUGCCUCUAUUGAUAAAGAGGUACUGAAGUCCAGUCUCAACACAAGCUACCGGAAGCUUGACCACGUGACUGGCUUGCUGCAAGAAAGUGAGGAAACAGUAGCCAGGUUAACUGAACAGGCGAAAGUCUUGAAACAGGAGAUUCGAAGACUAGAGAGGAAUCAGCAACGAGAAAAACACGCUCAAAACCUGGAGUACCUAAAGAAUGUGGUGAUGAAGUUUUUCAGCCUGCAGAAGGGCGACGAGAAGCGGCGACUCAUCCCUGUGCUCAUCACGAUGCUGCGGCUGAGCCCGGAGGAAGGACAGAUCCUCAUGAAAUGCGCAACAGGAGAAGAUGGUGAUGCAGAAGGGGACGGGUCAGGAUGGGGCAACUACCUUCAUCGAUGGUCUGGCCUGACGUGAGCAUCCCCCUCGACGUCCGCGCCAUCGUGUCACACACACACACACACACACAGUGGAGACCAUCUGUCAUUCCAUGCGUUAGACCAUUGAUCUCUAUUUUCUAACUGGAUAGCAGUUAGCCAAUCCAUGGUCAGUGAGAAAGUGAAGUUACCGCACCACUAGCCACUGUCUUGUGGCCUCUCUCAAAUGCUCGACUAUGCCGGUGUGUUUGCUCCAUAGCAUUUUAAAUCGAAAUUGAUGACAUGCAGCUUAUUUUAUCAUUCCCAUUCACAAGAAAACAAACAUUGAUAAAUACAUACAAGAAUAUAUAUAUAUAUAAUAUAUAUAGAUGGUAUGAUGUCACGAGUCACGUGAAAACUCGGCUCAGUUUAUUCUACUAUAUUAUACUACUUCUGGGAGUGGUGAUUAAGACUUACGGAGGAUUCACUUAGUGGCCGCGAAGACCUAACGAGUUAGUAUAUAGAGAUCAGUGCGUUAGACACGUUGACGGUUCAACAGUCUUGACUCCAUCAUUCUUACCGUUCUCAGUCGUGGUUUGCGUCUCUUGUAAGAGCUUACGGCCAGCAAUAAUCGGCAAGCUUUCAUGAGCCUGGAGCCAGUUGUAUGAAGCAUCAUAAAUAGUUAUGACGUCUUACGUCUGAAAUGUCGUAACUUUUGAAGGGCUGUGUCGUGUUAAGGGUUGGGUAGUUAGUGUUUGCUUUUUAGGACAUUUUAUUGAAAUUUCCCGAUCAGUGUUUGGUUGGAAUUAAGGGUGGUUGACACUUACAAAUUAACAUGACGCGACGCAUAUUGCUUAGAUCGAUAUUUAAUGCAGGACAAAUACACGUAGAACUCAUCUAAAAGUACUGCCUGCUGCAACAGGGUUUGCUCUGAUUGUUGGGAGUCGUAUCGAACUAGGCUGAAGGCUAAUUUGCCAAACAACUUUGGUGUUCUGCGGAACACAUCAUCUUGACUACCGUGUCACCGUUAUGACGACGACUCUCAUGCUAGCUAAGCCUUGUAAAUUAUGCGUCUGUUGUCUUAUUUUGUUAUAAGAGUGAAUGUCAACACAGAAUCUAUUACAAAUCUCUUACGUGAUAGAGAGCUGCAGAGAUGAUUUAAACAAAAAAAGGUUCUUAUUCUGUAAUUUCCAUGCACACAUCGUGAAAAUUGCCAUUUCUCAAGACGAUCGAGCAUAUAAGCAGUGCAGUCUAGUAGGUCUGGUAAUUUAACCGUGAAAGAUCAACGAAAACACCUAAAACCAUCCUUCUUUAAUAAGUAGGCUUGUUAAUUCCGUUUGAAAGGUUUUGUAAUAUUGAGUGGGAUUCUGCGUGCAUGAUGGCUUUUAUUUGUCUCUGAGUAAUCAAGUUGUUAAAAAUUAUUACAUAAUAUAUAGUAAUCUAUUGCUAAUUUAACACAAACUUGUUUCGAGUUUGUUUUUGAACGCUGCUGAAAGGUUUAAUUGCAACGCUUUCCGCUCAAAAGCUCAUUACACUGCUCACUAACAAAAUCAAAGCAAUUCACAUCGCUGCUGGUAUAAUAAUGCAUGUCAUAUAGGGUAGGUACUAAGAUAAUCGUUGUUUACAGCAAUAAAAGGCAUUAUAACUCA